AUGUUCAAGUUUAAACGAAACAAUUCUUCGACUAAACUUGAGGAUAUCCACUUGAUUUAUGAGUUUCCUUUGGAGGCUAUAUUCGAUGUUCCCGAAGCCAAGGAAGAAUUUCGUGCCUAUCUAAAGAGGGAACACAAUGAAGAACCUCUUUUGUUUUAUGAGGAAGUUGAAGAUUUUAAACGACUUAAAUUUGAAGAGAAUAAGACAAAGAAGGCAUUAUUCAUACUAAAGACUUAUGUCAUGCCGAACAGCAGUCAUGAAAUUAAUAUAUCAUCACAAUAUAGACAGAAUAUCGUGUUAGGAUUUGAAAAAUCAGGUCAACUGACUUCAGAAAAGAAUAUGUUGGUUGAUGAAACUAUUUUUGAUGAUUCACAAAGUGCUAUUUUCUAUAAUUUGAAGAAUGACACUUAUCCUAGGUUUACCAAAUCUGUUCAAUUUAACAAUUUCCUUAAACAAAAGGAUGAAGCAUUUAUUACAUCAAUUUCUGUACUGAAAAACACAAAAUAUAUGGAGUAUAUUCCAAAAUUUGAUGGAUUGGUUUGUGAUAGAGAUAUUCAAUUCUUUUCAUUCAUGGCUUUUAAUGAUGAUGAGGAAGUUUGGGAUGAAAUUAAAGUUGGAGCAAGUGGUAGAAGAGCUUGUUAUCAAUCCAAAAAGGAAUUCAACAUUGAUGAAAAUGAGGAAAAAGCAAAUGGUAAACUGUUAAAGCAAGUUUUCAUUUUACCAUGUUCCAAGGAACAAGCUUUUAAUAUGUUUUCUCAUACUCAAGUUAGACAGGAUAUUCUAGAUGCAGAGAGUAUUAAUCAGUUAGAUUACAUUCCAAUAUCAAAAACAAAUAAGUAUGCACAAUCUAUUCUCAAGAUUGUUAUUCAAAUGACAGGUUUAACUUGGGUAAUGAAACCUAGACAAGCAGUUGUGGCUGGUACUGUAGUUAAAGAUACAAAGAGAAACUGUAUUGCUAAUAUUAUGAAGUCAACCAACUCUGUCCUUCUUCCUGAAAAGAAGUCACAUGUUAAAGCGAGAGUACUUUCUUCCAGCUUCUUUGUAGAUUGCUACACCACAACACAUCUAAAUAAGCUCAAAGAUCCACCCCACACAAACCAUAGUAUGAGUUCUGGAGAUUUGAGAAAAUCAACCUCAUCAGCAUCAUCUACUUCCUCCUUUUCAAGAAAAAGCUCAGUAGCAUUUGAUGACAGCUUGUCUGAUAUGAGUACUGAAUCAUUUGGACCAAUUGAAAAUGCUUGCAAAGUAAUUUGUGUUUCCUACAUUGACUUACAAUCAAUGCAAUCUGAUUUUAUAAGGAAAAAGUUUUUUAAUGCGAAAAACAAGGCAGCCCAUACAGUAUUUAUGAAUUCUGUAAAGGAAUUUGGAGCUUUAAAUUUCCCUAAACCUAAAUUCAGUGAGGGACUAUAUGACACCUUAGAUGCUUUUACUUCACACUAUACUACUGGUGAUAAUGACACUGUUAUGACCUGGGAUUUGGAAGAAGAAGAAGAGGGUAAUAUGUAUCCGUGUUAUCCAGCCAACGCUGGAUUGAAAGGAUUUUGUCAGAUGUGA